AGGUGGCACUGACUGGCACUGAUGGGUGACACUGAAGGGCAGCUCAGAUGGGCACUGAUUUGUGGCAUUGAUGUGGUAUGCACUGAUAUGUGGCAUUGGGCACUGAUGGGCACUGGCACGUGGCACUGUUCAGCUGGCACUGAUGGACUCUGACAGGUGGCACUUCUGGGGCAACACUGAUCAUCAAGGCACACUGAUCAUCAGUGCCCUGCGGCUCUCCUCUCCUCACGAGCUGUCAGCGUGACAGCUCGAGAGGAGGGA